GUUGGUUAAAACAUCAAUUCCACUCUUUAUACGACCUCACCGUCGACAGAAGUAUUCUUGACAGCCUAAGACAACUUCACCGGCAUGGUGCGAUGCUGUUGACUACUAAUUACGAUGACCUGCUUGAAAAGCAUUGCGGGAUUCCUUCUGUCGGGAGGUCCGACGAACAUGAGCUAGUGUCAUUCCAACGAAAGUCUUUUGAUGGCAUUUUCCAUCCUCAUGGUCACUGGAGGGAUCCCGAAAACAUCGUUUUGUCCGCACGAGAUUAUCACGACGUGGUCCAAGACGAAAGAGUCCAGGAGGCUUUGAUGCAUAUAGGUUCUACUAAAACUAUUUUGUUCGUUGGAGCAGGCGGAGGUUUGGAUGACCCUAAUUGGGGCCAACUUUUGCGUUGGGUCGGAGAGAAAUACGAAAAGAGAGGGCCCGUCCAUUAUGUGCUGUUUCCAAAAACCGUGGGAAACGAAAUACCUCACAUGCCAUUGAAUCAUCUUACGUGCGAGACUCGCGAUGAUAUUGCCCUCUGGCUGAAGGGCUUACUGGAGCCGAGUGCGCGGCGCGAGGGUACCAUACACGAGAAUCUAGAAAACGUCGAGCGGGUUAACAUCCACCGUUGGCUUUCUCCUCUCGACCAAUCCCAGUUUCUUAACGACAACUCUGAUAUCCCGGACAAGAUAACCCCAUUUCACCAAUCAGUCACAAACCUCCCGAGUUUUUGGGAGACGGAGGGUUCUUCGUAUGUGUGGUUGACAGGUAACGGUGGAUUUGGCAAGACAAUAUUCUGCACCUCGGUCAUAGAUAGUACAAGACAGAACUGUCGUUUAGAGACCGCUGGCCGGUCCCGAGACUCUCUCGCCUACUUCUUCUGCGCUACACAUGAUGUGUUUGAGAAAGACUCGACACCCGUCUACCACGAUUUCGGCGCGUUUUGUCGUACAGUUAUUGAUCAACUCUGCCCACCCAAGACCGUAUACCCAGCCCUUCGGGAUUUAUAUAUUGCGUGUACCGAAUAUCAUCCUGCAAGGCAUCCUACCAAUUCGGAACUUCGGGACGUCCUCCUGAGAAUCAUAGGCGAUCUGGGCCGCGAAAAAUCCCGUGUGCCAGACGAGCCAGUCCAACCGGGUGAGACGUACCUAGUGAUUGAUGGGUUCGACAAACUUCCGAGAAACAGGCAAAGCCCAUUCCUAGAGCUCGUCAAAGAAAUAAGAGCGCGCAAAUUCGAGCAUUUUCACUUACUCGUAUCCAGUCGGGACACGCCAAGGAUUAGAAAUCCCAUAAGACACUGGGGGGAGUGGAACGAGAUAACCUGCAAUCAUAAAACCGUGGGGGGGAUUAUACGGGGUUAUGUUACCAGAAGCAUUUAUAACGACCCGCACUUCUACGACUUAUCUCGAUCAGCUCGUGAACCACUAGCAUUGUGGUUGAUCGACGAACUGACUAAAAGUGGACACUCAUUCUGGUGGGUCUACUGGAAGUUACAAGACUUAAAGGAUUUGGACUUUCUGGACAGAAAGUCGAUAAAGAGGAUCUUGAAUGAUGAAGAUGAUGUUUCUGAAGAGCCAAAGGAACGGCCAGCUCGAAGACGUAGAAUAUCGAAGUAGACUCAAGUAAUCCAUCACGGUAGAGAGAGCAUUUAUUUUAUGUUGUGGGGAGGAUAUAAGAGGAUAUUGGGUGAUAUAUACCUGAGUAUGGAAAGAUGGGUAUCAUUGAGGAUUAGUCAGUAGGAAAGGUAAUAUAUAUUUUG